UUGGGUUCAAAGUGGUGUAGGGUGAGGAGAAGAGCUAAUGUUUAUUGAGUGUGUACUGCAUGCCUGACGGGUGCUGUUACAUUCUUUCCUCGCAACUCUUAUUGUUCCCAUUUUACAGAUGAAGAAAGUGACAUAGAGAGGUGAAGUAACUUGUCCAAGGCCGCGACCCUAGCAAAGAAUCACAAUAAGAUGGCCACAGGACCAGCCUCACAGGGUUUUGGUGAAGAUCAGAUGGACUUAGCAGGAUGUCAUGGUUUAGUGGCCUCCUGGUCCCCAAAGUGGAUGAACGGAAAACAGCCUGGGGCGAGCGCAAUGGGCAGAAGCGUCCCCGCCGCGGGACUCGCUCCAGCGGCUUCUGCACACCCCGUUAUAUGAGCUGCUUUCAGGGCGCACAGCCACCCAGCCCGACCCCCGCAGCCGCGCCUCGGUGCCCCUGGCAGGAUGAGGCCUUCAUCCGGAGGGGUGGCCCAGGCAAGGGCCUGGAGCUGGGACUGCGGGCCGUGGCCCUGGGCUUCGAGGACCCUGAGGCGACCGUGGCAGUCGGGGCCGCUGAGGGGGCCCCCGACGCGGCCGCCAGGAGCAGGCGAGCUUGCUGGCGCCGGCUGGUGCAGGUGUUCCAGUCGAAGCAGUUCCGCUCGGCCAAGCUGGAGCGCUUGUACCAGAGGUACUUCUUCCAGAUGAACCAGAGCAGCCUGACACUGCUGAUGGCGGUGCUCGUGCUGCUCACGGCCGUGCUGCUGGCCUUCCACGCGGCGCCUGCCCACCCUCAGCCUGCCUACGUGGCGCUGCUGGCCUGCGCCGCCAUCCUCUUCGUGGCGCUCAUGGUGGUGUGCAACCGACACAGCUUCCGCCAGGACUCCAUGUGGCUGGUGAGCUACGUGGUGCUGGGCGUCCUGGCAGCGGUGCAGGUCGGCGGCGCCCUGGCAGCCAGCCCUCACAGCCCUUCUGUAGGCCUCUGGUGCCCCGUGUUCUUCGUCUACAUCACCUACACGCUCCUCCCCAUCCGCAUGCGGGCCGCUGUCUUCAGUGGCCUGGGCCUCUCCACCCUGCACUUGAUCUUGGCCUGGCAACUCAACCGUGGUGAUGCCUUCCUCUGGAAGCAGCUCGGUGCCAACAUGCUGCUGUUCCUCUGCACCAAUGUCAUUGGCAUCUGCACACACUACCCGGCUGAGGUGUCUCAGCGCCAGGCCUUUCAGGAGACCCGUGGUUACAUCCAGGCCCGGCUGCACCUGCAGCAUGAGAAUCGGCAGCAGGAGCGGCUGCUGCUGUCCGUGUUGCCCCAGCAUGUUGCCAUGGAGAUGAAAGAAGACAUCAACACAAAGAAAGAAGACAUGAUGUUUCACAAGAUCUACAUCCAGAAGCAUGACAAUGUCAGCAUCCUGUUUGCGGACAUUGAAGGCUUCACCAGCCUGGCAUCCCAGUGCACGGCGCAGGAGCUGGUCAUGACCCUGAACGAGCUCUUUGCCCGCUUUGACAAGCUGGCUGCGGAAAAUCACUGCCUGAGGAUCAAGAUCUUAGGGGACUGUUACUAUUGUGUGUCAGGGCUGCCGGAGGCCCGGGCAGACCAUGCCCACUGCUGCGUGGAGAUGGGGGUGGACAUGAUCGAGGCCAUCUCGCUGGUGCGCGAGGUGACAGGUGUGAACGUGAACAUGCGCGUGGGCAUCCACAGUGGGCGCGUGCACUGCGGCGUCCUUGGCCUGCGGAAAUGGCAGUUCGAUGUGUGGUCCAAUGACGUGACUCUGGCCAAUCACAUGGAGGCCGGGGGCCGGGCCGGCCGCAUCCACAUCACCCGGGCCACGCUGCAGUACCUGAACGGGGACUACGAGGUGGAGCCAGGCCGCGGCGGGGAGCGCAACGCCUACCUCAAGGAGCAGCACAUUGAGACCUUCCUCAUCCUGGGAGCCAGCCAGAAACGGAAAGAGGAGAAGGCCAUGCUGGCCAAGCUGCAGCGGGCGCGGGCCAACUCCAUGGAGGGGCUGAUGCCACGCUGGGUGCCCGACCGCACCUUCUCCCGGACCAAGGACUCCAAGGCUUUCCGGCAGAUGGGCAUUGAUGAUUCCAGCAAAGACAACCGGGGUGCCCAGGACGCCCUGAACCCUGAGGAUGAGGUAGACGAGUUCCUGGGCCGUGCCAUCGAUGCCCGCAGCAUCGAUCAGCUGCGCAAGGACCACGUGCGCCGGUUCCUGCUCACCUUCCAGAGAGAGGAUCUUGAAAAGAAGUACUCGCGAAAGGUGGACCCCCGCUUCGGAGCCUACGUGGCCUGUGCCCUGUUGGUCUUCUGCUUCAUCUGCUUCGUCCAACUCCUCGUCUUCCCACCCUCAGCCCUGAUGCUUGGGAUCUAUGCCAGUAUCUUCCUGCUGUUGCUGGUCACCGUGCUGACCUGCGCCGUGUACUCCUGUGGCUCUCUGUUCCCUGCGGCCCUGCGACGUCUGUCUCGCAGCAUCGUCCGCUCGCGGGCACACAGCACUGCGGUUGGCAUCUUUUCCGUCCUGCUUGUGUUCACCUCUGCCAUCGCCAACAUGUUCACCUGUAACCACACCCCCAUACGGACUUGCGCAGCCCGGAUGCUGAACUUAACGCCUGCUGACAUCACCGCCUGCCACCUGCAGCAGCUCAAUUACUCACUGGGCCUGGAUGCUCCCCUGUGUGAGGGCACCGCAUCCAGUUGCAGCUUCCCUGAGUACUUCGUCGGGAACAUGUUGCUGAGUCUCUUGGCCAGCUCCGUCUUCCUGCACAUCAGUAGCAUCGGGAAGCUGGCCAUGAUCUUUGUUCUGGGGCUCAUCUAUUUGGUGCUGCUUCUGCUGGGUCCCCCGGCCACCAUCUUUGACAACUAUGACCUACUGCUUGGCGUCCAUGGCUUGGCUUCUUCCAACGAGACCUUCAGUGGGCUGGACUGCUCAGCCGCAGGGAGGGUGGCACUCAAAUAUAUGACCCCCGUGAUUCUGCUGGUGUUUGCACUGGCGCUGUAUCUGCAUGCCCAGCAGGUGGAAUCAACUGCCCGCCUGGACUUCCUCUGGAAACUGCAGGCAACAGGGGAGAAGGAGGAGAUGGAGGAGCUCCAGGCAUACAACCGGCGGCUGCUACAUAACAUUCUGCCCAAGGACGUGGCUGCCCACUUCCUCGCCCGGGAGCGCCGGAAUGAUGAGCUCUACUAUCAGUCAUGUGAGUGUGUGGCCGUCAUGUUUGCCUCCAUUGCCAACUUCUCUGAGUUCUACGUGGAGCUAGAGGCAAACAAUGAGGGUGUCGAGUGCCUGCGGCUGCUCAACGAGAUCAUCGCUGACUUCGAUGAGAUCAUCAGCGAGGAGCGGUUCCGGCAGCUGGAGAAGAUCAAGACGAUUGGUAGCACCUACAUGGCUGCCUCUGGGCUGAAUGCCAGCACCUAUGAUCAGGUGGGCCGCUCCCACAUCACUGCCCUUGCCGACUACGCCAUGCGGCUCAUGGAGCAGAUGAAGCACAUCAAUGAGCACUCCUUCAACAAUUUCCAGAUGAAGAUCGGGCUGAACAUGGGCCCAGUUGUGGCAGGCGUCAUUGGGGCUCGGAAGCCGCAGUAUGACAUCUGGGGGAACACAGUGAAUGUCUCUAGCCGCAUGGACAGCACGGGGGUCCCCGACCGAAUCCAGGUGACCACGGACCUGUACCAGGUUCUAGCGGCCAAGGGCUACCAGCUGGAGUGUCGAGGGGUGGUCAAGGUGAAGGGCAAGGGGGAGAUGACCACCUACUUCCUCAAUGGGGGCCCCAGCAGUUAGCAGGGCCCAGCUACAAAUUCGGCUGAAAGGACCAAGGUGGGCAUUUGAGUGGACUCUGUGCUCGCUGGGGGAGGCUGUGACAGGGGCCGCUGAGCCUCCAGACCCUGCUGACCACAAAAGGGAACACCCCAGCAGGCUGUACGUGGACCAUGCUCGUCUGCCCUCAGGCUGGUGAAUGAGGGGAUACCAAGAGGAUUAUGCAAGUGGCUUUCUUUCUUAACUGGGGUAGGGGCUGUUUUCUCUCCUUUUUUCCAGCUUUUGGGAGCAGGGGAGGGGGCAGCAGCAGAGGCAGCGGGAUGUCUCCUGCCUGAGAGAUUAAAAUGGCAGCUUGCCACGCCCGCCCUUUCCCUGUCUGUCUGGGCACUAGGCUCAGGGCUGGGCCCUUCCUUUCCCUCUUUUUCCUGGGAAUAUUUUGUAUAAAGACUGGGGCAGGCUUGAAGAGUGCCUACUCCAUCCUUGCCUUCCUUUGCUAUGCCUGCAUCCCCAGCAUGGGUCCUGGGCACUCCCCACCCCAGCCAGGUCUCCCUCACAGACACAGGGCACGGGAGGGAGAUGUUCUGGGGACCCAGCUCUGUCCAUAUUUCAGGGGAAUGUUUCCAUUUGCCAAAUCCUAGUCCCAUGAUCUGUCCCCAAAGGGGAACAAAGGGACUUCUGACAGCUCAGAUUAGCCCCGUUUCCUGCACAGCUCCAGGGAAAGGGGCAUCUGGUCUCAUUGGUACUGUGAAAAUGCCCAGCCGGAGAGCAAGCGUGUGCGUGGGGAUGUCAGAAGAUCAGGAGCUGGAUGUUCGCCUGCAGGUGCCAAAGAGAGCAGGCCGGCCAGGGACGGGGGUGGUGCCAGACUCUGAUCCGAGGGUCAGGAUCAGGCCCCUCUGCCCCAGCGCUCUCUUGCUGUCUGCUGCAAGGGGGCACGGAGCAUCUCUACCCCUUCUGUUGCCAAAUAGAAAAGGGCCAGGGCAUGGAGGAAGAUGACCCUGAUCCCAAAUCUGUCCUCCCAAGCCUCUGGCACUGGGGAGGGCCUGUGUGUCUGUGUAACCGUGCGUGCACGGUGGUCUGUGUGUGUGUGUGUCUGUGUAACCGUGCGUGCACGGUGGUCUGUGUGUGUGUGUGUGUGUCUGUGUAACCGUGCGUGCACGGUGGUCUGUGUGUGUGUGUGUGUGUCUGUUUUCCUGGUCUGUGUGUCUUUGUGCUCCUGUUCCUUGGCUCUCCACCCCGGGUUGCCUCUUUCCUGUGGCUUCUGUCUUCUGGGAAUAAGGCAGGAUUCCUGAUUUCAAGGGAUGGAGAGAGAGGCCCCUGUUGCACAGGAGUGGGAUGGGGUGUGGUAGCAAGAGGGUGGCCCUGGCGAGAGGAAUCCUUUUUGUGCCAAAUCCCUAAGUGCCGUUUGGGGGCCACGUGUGCAGCAUGACUGUCUCCCUGCCUGGGGCAGGGACCCAAGCGCCUGCUUGAGGCCCACAGUGCUCCUUGCACUUGAACUGUCUGGGGUUUGGUGGGCAGAGGCUCAGGAGUUUCCUGGGCUCCCCAGCUGGUGUCCUGGGAUGUGGUAUGCUUUGGGGCUGGGGUAGCAUGGGAUCCCUCUGAGGACCCAGAUUCUGGUACUAAGGGCUAGGGGAGGGGAACCUGGACCUCAGCCUUCCCCAGCCUUCAGCUUGAGCCUAGCCUGCUCCGGGGCUCCCCAGUCCCCACGAAGCCUGCAAGAGCUGGCAGGAGGGUUAGGAGGGCUGGACCCUAGAUUCCCUUCCUAUCCCUGCCUGCCUUUUACCCUCUUCCCUGCAACCUCCUUGCCUCUGGACUGAAUUAGUUGGUGCCUUGGUUUCUCUGUCUGUACCUAUUUAAGCCAGAGGCAUUACCCAGGAUUUUGCUUGAAGAUCGCGUUGUCUUUGAGGCGUUAGAGAGGCAGAGGAGAGAGGGUCCCAGAGUUGCUGGGUUUGGGGAUUGGAAGGGGCAGGUGGUACUCUUGCCCUUUCUCAUGUCCUUUCUGACCCUAGCUCCUUGCAGAAGCCUGGUUUCUGGCUCGUACUGCCUGCUUUGGGGGAUCUUCAUGCAUCAACCAAAUGGGCCAUCAGUCACUUCAUUAGCCAAGGCAGGAGAAGGGGAAAAGACUAGUCGGUCCAGACAGAAAGUCAACUCCCCUUCCGUCAGCCACAUCCCUGGACAGGAAGGUUCUGCGUGGGGUCCUGGGGCGGCGAUGAGGCUAUAAGGAGACCAGAGUGGGAGGACUGCAGUCUUGGGUGACUUGUCUCUGCUUCUUGCCAGGUGGCAGGGGCCUGUCCACACCCUGGCUCCCUGCACCGCAGUGCCAGCCAUGUGCUUCCCCCGGGCUGACGUUGCCCCCUUCCUCGCCAGUUGCGGGAGGGAGUCAGUGGAUGGGAGGCCCAUGGACUUUGGUUUUAUAAUGUAACCAGUGUGUGUGUGUAGGGGGGGAGGGUGUGUAUACCAUGUAUUUCAGUGAAAUAUUUAAUAUAUUUAAAUAUCAAUAAAAAUCAAACUCUUUGUAAAA